AUGAUCAAUAAAGCUGAUAGAUUAGUAUAUAACCAGACCACUAAUCAGGCUGAAAGAUAUAUGGCAUUAGUAGCUAAAUGCACUGGAGGCAAACGAAUUAAUUUUUCUGGAAGUAUUUCCUAUACAACUAGAGCGUACGCUGCUGCAAUUUCCCAUGCGAGUGGUCCAGCUUCGCAUCUUGAAGCCUGGAGAGGCACAAAAAAAAGAACUUCAUACAGAGGCAAUACUUUAUGGGGAAUUAAUGAAAAAACAGCCAUUGUUAAAUAUGAGCAGAUAAAUAAUGUAACAGUUGACAGGUGUGGAUUAUUUAUAGAUCCAAACCAUCCGUUUUUAGGUGCCUCUCCAGAUGGGCUAAUUGGUGAAAAAGGAAUAAUCGAAGUGAAAUAUCUGCCAUCAAUAAAGGGUAAACUGGUUGCGUCGGAGGUUCGUCACUGUUAUUCAAUAAUUAAUAAUGAGAUAAAGUUGAAACAAAAUCACAACUAUUUUUAUCAAGUACAGGGGCAGCUAAACAUAACCAAUCGAGAUUUUUGUGAUUUUGUUAUAUACACUGACGACGACUUUCACAUAGAAAGAAUAAAUAUCGACAGGGAGUUAUGGAGUACCACUAUGUUGCCAAAACUAACAACAUUUUAUGUAAAUUCCAUAUUACCGGAAAUUGUUGAUGGACGAGUACCAAGGGGAUUGAAAGUUAGAGAUCCCACAAAAGAUCCCUAA